GCGCCAUCUGUAAGGGUGUUUAUAUCCAGAGCUUUCGUUUUUAACACACGUGUGGAAUCUCUGUUUGGAUAUUACAAUUUUGGCUUAAUUUUGAUUUUUCUGCAAUUCAGACGGAUAAAUCCAAUCCAAGAUGCAAAAUAACGAUGAUAUCGUGUGGAGCAUCAUAAACAAAUCAUUUUGUUCAUUUAAAGUCAACACAAAAACCCAAAAAUUCUGCCGCCAUGAGUACAACUUGACAGGUCUGUGCGGCCGGUACUCCUGUCCACUAGCCAAUAGCCAGUAUGCUACUAUUAGAGAAGAAAAGGGCAUAAUUUAUCUCUACAUGAGGACAGCUGAGAGGACGGCCUUCCCUAACAAAUCAUGGGAAAAGGUGAAGCUCUCUAGGAAUUUUGAAAAAGCUCUCCAACAAAUCAAUGAGAAUUUACUGUACUGGCCCAACUAUUUGAAACAGAAGUGCAAGCAGAGGAUGCUCAAGAUCACUCAGUACCUCAUUCGCAUGAGGAAACUCACGCUGAGAAGACAGAAAAAGCUGGUGCCUCUUCAAAGAAAAAUCGAGCGCCGUGAAAACAGGAGAGAAGAGAAAGCUCUCAUUGCUGCCAGAAUUGACACAGCCAUCGAGAAGCAACUUGUCGAGAGACUAAAAAAAGGAGUGUAUGGAGAUAUUUACAACUUCCCUCAAGUUGCCUUCACCAAAGCUCUGGCGAGUGAAGAAGUGCAGGAGGAGAGUGAUGAUGAAAGAGAGGAGGAAUACAAUGAAGGAGGAAGAGAAGAGGAAGAGGAAAUGGAGGAAGAAACCAGAGCUGCUUUGGAGGACGCGACUGAAUAUGUGGAGGCUGAAAGUGAUGAUGAAGAUAUGGAGUCUGACGAGGAGCACGAAUUCACUGAUGAAGGGCCAGAAGAGAGUGAAGUUGAAGAUAUUGAGGAUAUGGCCCGCCCGUCCACAAGCAAGGGAAAGAAGAGCAAGGUAUCUGUCGAAUACGAAUUGGAAGAGGCUCUCCCUGAGAAGACAAAGGUUAAGAACCGAGUAUAGAUUGUGUGGAUACGAAUAUGAUUUUCAUGUAUGAAUCGUGUGGAUGAUCAAACUUGCUUUGUUGUAAA